GGCAGACUUGUUGAGUUCGUAAUUGAACGUGGUUAUGAGCGCGAAGUCGGACAAGAAGGGAGGCAGCUCGUUUCUUGCUCGUCAGAAGGCGAAACGGGCCGUCACAGAGGACGACCUGCUAAAGAAGGAAACGAUUAGUCCCGAGGAUGUCUCCAAAUUGAACCGAAUGACAAAGAAUUAUUUGUGUCGUCGUGAAGACAACGUGUACGGCGUUGAGUUCACAAGAUUCAAGAUUCGCGACAUGGGGAACGGAGAGCAGCUCUUCGAAGUCGCCAAACCCCCGGAUGGUGAUGUCGACAAACCGAGUCCCGACGACCCGAAUGCCGGCCGGUAUGUGCAGUACGAGUUUCCACCCGAUUUUCUGAGACUGAAACAAGUCGGAGCUACGGUAGAGUUCACUGUCAAGGAUAGACCAAUGAACAAAUUCCGGAUGAUAGAGCGACACUACUUCAAAGACAAAGUCUUAAAGACGUUCGAUUUUGACUUUGGUUUUUGCAUUCCCAACAGCACAAACACGUGUGAACACAUCUACGACUUUCCUCACUUGUCGGAAUCGCAAAUCAAAGAAAUGGUGGAGUGUCCGUAUGAAACACAAUCAGACAGUUUCUAUUUCGUUGAUGAUAAAUUGAUCAUGCACAAUAAGGCCUAUUUUUCAUACAGAGGUGGUUUAGAGGCUGGCACUGAACAGUCAUAGCAAGUAUUUUGGGUAUUGUAGUUUGCUGGGAAGGACUGAUGGAGUUAUUGGGUUUUGUGCACAUUUUGACAGUUGAGCUUGGUAUAGUUAUACUUGUCAGGGUGUAUCAAUUGCGUUUGAUGUGCUCUGUGCGUGUACAGCACUGUAGUAGACUAUAGUAGACUGAUAACUUGUGGUAAUUACAAGGUACAUAUUUUA